CUGUACAUCUGUACAUUACAUUUCAUAUGAAGUUGGACCCUCAAUGGAUUUCAAGACAAUGCUUCCCUUUGUGGCGUUAUUGUGUGUGCUUCUGACCAGCUUCUCAGAUGCCGAACAGCAGAAACCAAGCAGCUUCCUCAGUAACUAUUCCAGUUACAAAAACAUCUGCCACAAACUAGGAUGGGAACCAAAAUGUAGAACCGAGUCCUCAAAGGGUUGCAAUGGGAAAACAAUUGCCUUCCAUGCAAUUCUAUCUUCAACGCUUACAAAUACACCUGCAAAUACCAUCAUUAAAUUUGGAAAAGUUCUGGUAAACGAAGGAAGUGGAUAUAACCCAGCCACGGGUAGAUUUACAGCCCCGGUGGAUGGCGUCUACUCGUUUUCUUGGACCUACUGUACUCCCAAAGGUUCCAAUGCAUAUCUUUGUGGAUAUGUAGAUGGCAAGUUAAUGGCCAGAAUAUCUAAUUACGCUCAAACAAACACUUGGAAAAACACCGCGGGUCAUUUCGUCAUCAGACUGAAGAAAGGGAAUCAAUUCUGGGUCCAGACGUUCUCUCAUACUGCUCAGCAUAUACAUGGAGAGUACACAUUUCUGUCAGGAUACAAACUAUCUGGUUGUUAAAAAGUUGGAAAAAUAAAAAUUGUUGUCAACUGA